AGAUGAGGUUAUUAGGUACGCGUUCUUGUGGAUUAUGUUUGAUUUGACCAUAUUUGACCAAUAAACUAGAAUCAUAGUUACUUGCUGAACUUAAAGGGGAUUCAUUAUCGGUGUGCAAUAGUGUAAUGGUGACAGCUCACAAAUUGUAGCACGGUCUUCCCAAGGGUUUCCUUCCCACUGUAAUUUUUCUGUGAAGAGUGGUGAACGGCAACGCAACAAGAACACAAAUGGCCUCGGCAGCAAUGACACCAGCUGAAGAUGAUGAGCUGACUUUACCUCGUGCUUCGAUUAAUAAAAUGAUUAAAGAGAUCCUCCCUCAUAUACGAGUGGCAAAUGAGUCGAGAGAGUUGAUUUUAAACUGCUGUACAGAGUUUAUACAUUUACUAUCAUCUGAAGCAAAUGAAAUCUGUAAUCAACAACAGAAAAAAACUAUUAAUGCCGAACAUGUCCUGCAAGCAUUGGAAAAAUUAGGAUUCGGAGAUUACAGUGCAGAAGCAGAAGCUGUGUUACGAGAUUGUAAGGCGGUAGCUGCCAAAAGAAGGCGACAGAGCACAAGGCUCGAAAAUCUUGGAAUUCCAGAGGAAGAACUUCUUCGUCAACAGCAAGAAUUAUUUGCCAAAGCUCGCGAAGAACAAGCAGUUGCUGAACAGCAACAAUGGCAACAAUUGCAAGCUGUUGCACAAAUGGCUUCUAUGCAACAAGUGGAUAGUGAACAAGAAGAUUAUUCGUAAAUACUUUUUAAUAUGCGUAUUGCAAGAGUUGAAAGAAGAGAUUUACCAAUGCUUUGCAUUUCGAAGUUACUUUUUCCAUGAUCAUUUAUUCAAUUAUAAAACUGAAUAUCAGUGACAGAUGGAAUGAAUUUUGAGUGCCUCAAUGAAUUAGUUUUUAAGAUUUUCUAUUUUAGACAAACCCAGAAACUGAUACAUUAUUUCUAGCACAUGUUACCACCAUUAUUUAUAAGUAUCGAUUAUAGAAAUAAAGGAAUAAAUCCGAAAA